AUGAUAUUCAUAAUUAUCAACAACAUCAACAUUAACAACAAUCAUAGCUCUCCAUGUGCAAAGGAGAAGCAGCGGAAAGGUGUGGACGUCGCAACGACGUCUACGACUUGCGUAGACCAUGGUAAUAAUACUCGCGGCUCUAUAGUCUCUAAGAUGGAGCAAAAGAAGGAGGAAACGAAGGAGGAAACGGAGAAAAAGAAAGAAGAGGAGUCCUCUUCACGCAGCACAGAAGAAGAAAAACGUGUGCGAAGUCUUUUGUCUGAAGCUGCGUACUGGACAGCCGACCCGCAGAAGGCAGAGGAAUUCGAGAGGAAACGCGUUGCUGAGGCACGCGAGAAGGACGCUGGUGCGGAAGGAGGUGAUGUCGAAUCUGUUAUGAAAAGUCUUGUGCAGCGAAAAAUUGAAGGCAGAAUUUCUUCCCCUCCAGAUUUGCUGCUUCCUCUUCUUCCUUUUCAGGAAGAAGGGGUCUGGUGGAUGUGCACACAGGAGAGGUCCGAAGUACGUGGAGGGAUACUUGCUGAUGAAAUGGGCAUGGGGAAGACCAUUCAGGUUAUUGCGUUGUUGUUAGCGAACCCCCUACCCAAACUUCCUAGACACUUAAUACCUGCACAUCCGGCUAUCACUGCAGCAGGAAGCAAUACAUCUAGACAAUUUCCCAGGCUUGGGCAGACACUGAUCAUCACACCUCUCGCUUCCCUACUGCAGUGGAAGGGGGAGCUCGAGCGAUUUGUACGUCCAGGACGUCUCUCCGUGUUGGUGUAUCACGGCGCUUUUCGCAAAGACCUCCUGAGGGGGGAAGACGCACUGGAGAAGUACGAUGUCAUUCUCACGACCUAUCAGACCGUCGAGCAGGAUUUUCGCAGAGAAACCAAUAAGCACAAACGUCUUUGCAAGUACUGUGGUCGCCUCUUUCUUCCGGACAAAUUAGCCAUUCAUCAGAGAUACUUUUGUGGCCCGGAAGCAGAACGCACAGCAAAGCAGAGACUAACAGCAAGAAAACAAGGAACGCAGAGAGCCAUGGAAACAUUACGUAUCACUACUCCCCUCAAGACACCUAACCCCACAACAAAAGUGGAAGACAAAGAGGAUGAUGAGGGUAUGCAUAAUAGUAGUAGUAGCGCUCAUCAAAGCAAAGGAAAGAAAAGGAUAAAGAAGACUAAUGAUUAUAAAACUGCACUUGCUUCCUCUGUAAUAGCCUCUUCUUCGUCUUCUUCUUUGUCGUCCUCCGCUUCUUCUUCAGCUGCAACUGUCUUGCCUACCCCUUCGAAUGUAUUGCGGGCUAUGCAAGAAGCAAACAGAGAUCUAAGUGAAGUGCAAGCGUCUUGGGUGUUGCCGAGGCCAUUACGUUUCAUGCGUAGACAUCUUCCUCCUCCUCCUUCUUCUUCUCUUGCUUACAUCUUCGCCUCCUCCUCUUGGUGGAGUGCGUUCUUAUCUGACAUCUUCUUCUUCUUCGUCUACUCCUCCUACUGCUCUUACCACUACUAA